GAGCGGAGUAGCUUGCGAGAGCUGCUGCUGCUGCUGCUGCUGCUGGGGACGUUCCCUGACUCUGCCUGCCUGCCGUUUGCCCACCACACUGCCCUCUGGCUGCAUUUUAUUCUUCUGUUCUGCAUUAACAAAGGUACCCCUAACGAGAAACUGAAAUUCUCUCCCAAUUGCAAGGACCCAAGGAGAAUCUUUUGAGAAUUUAUUAGAAUUUCUCUGCAGAGAGAAUAUCUCUGCAUCCCAAGAUGGAGUGUGCAUCCAUCCUGGAGAUUUUGCAGCGCCGAAUAAAUGCAUACCACACCCCUUGGGGUCUCUAAAACAGAGGGAGGCCUGCAGUGAGGGGCAACUCUUUCGCAAUCCUCCCAAACACUGAGGAUUGGGAUCCAUUCCCCAGGCAUUUGCUUUCAACUUCAAUUUCAAUUUCAACUGGUUGGUAUAAAUGAAGAACAGCAGUUGCUACAGACAGUUGUUGAGAUAAAAUUUGCUCUGGCAUGAGGAGACUUCGACUGAAAUCCUUCAUCGCUCAUGAUGGUCACACACUUCAGAGCCGGCUGAAAGAAAACCACCUUGCAUGCCGAGGACACCUUGCAGCCAAGGACUGUGGAUUAUUUGGCAUAGCAGAGUUCGCUGGAGGAAGAAAACACCCAUCUUGCACGAGACACCAUGAGUCCCCAGCAGGGCAAAACCUGCCUGCCUUUGCUGCUUCUCAUUUUCCUGUUUAUGGCGUGCUCAGUAGAAAUUCGUGAUCCUCCCCUUUUAGUGAUCCAGACACCUGCCUCUCUGAAUGUGACAGAAGGAUCAACCCUGAGUAUGCAGUGCAGGAUUGAAGGAAAUGUCUCCUCCAUCUCCUCUUGGUUUAAGUGGUAUGUCUGUAAAACUGGUGGAAAGUGGAAAGUAAAUGACACUUUCCAAAUAUCUACAAAAAGUUCUGCACAAGGGAGUAAUCUCACUCUGAUGACAGCUGAUGUAGAGGAUUCUGGACACUAUGAAUGUCAGGCUGGUGACUCAGAGAGUUCUGCUUGGAGUAAUGGGACCCAAGUAACCGUCAAUGGAAUAAUGGAUUUGAUGGUGCAUCAGACCCCAGAAAGCAUCACUGAAGUUGAAGGAGCCAAUGUCACCAUGGAGUGUCACUUCAGGACAGUGGGCAGGCUCAGCACCAUGUAUGUGAAAUGGCUUAAAGGGGAGGCUGAGAUCAAGUUGGCCAGCAAAAAUGACUCACUGAUCAUUCAUGAGGAUCGGAAAGAGAGUGUUGCUUCUCUCAUGCUAAAGAAUGUGAAUAUGUCUGACUCGGGGAGCUACAGAUGUAAAGUGGAGAUUAGUUCAAGAAGCCUGACUGGAUUGGGAAAUACCUCUCGUGUGAACAUCAAAAUUCAUGAUCUGCAGGUGAACCAAACUCCACCUUCCAUCAAUAGAACCGAAGGGGAAACACUCACCAUACAAUGUCGCUAUCGGGUGAAUUCCAGACUCUCGUAUGGUGUCACUUGGCAUAAAAAUGGACAUGAGAUGAAGAUGGCAGGUGCAGCCAGAAUGAAUAAUUCAGAGGGUCUGGCUUCUCUUGUGUUGAGCAACAUCCAAAAGAGCGACUCUGGAAUGUACAGCUGUGACUUUGGCAGAAAUGUCCGGGGGAACGGAACCAGGGUGAUAGUUCUUGAGAAACAGCCAGACAGCAACCCUAUAACUCCUGGAUCUGGACCUGGUGUCGGACCAGGCCCUGGCAUUGGCAUCGGCAUUGGAGCUGGAGUAGGAGUUGGUGCCGGGGUAAUCCUCCUCUUGCUGGUGAUAGCUCUCUUAGUGUGGAAGUACAAGCUAAAGCCCAAAGCAGACUCCUCCAAGACAGGAUGUGCGUCAAUGGAAGAAGACAGGAAGCUUCAUCCUGGUUUAACCAACCAAGUGAGCGAUGUGACGUACGCCAACCUCCACUUCCAGAAACGGGAAGUGCAACCAGCUGCGGAGGUGAUUUAUGCAGAAGUGAAAGGUCCAAAACAGCGAGAUGGCAAACUCAGCAGGACCUAGCUGAGAGUCAAGCGUUACCCCUAGAGGAGAGGAAGAGGGCCAGAGGCAAGAGAUGGGCUGCCUCUCGCCACUUCUUACUGUUCCCCUCUUCUAUGACUUUGCCCCUCCUGAACUCACUGGGAAUGAUACAAAUGCAAAUAUGACGAAUAUUUAUAUACUGCUUUUCAACAAAAGUUCCCAAAGCAGUUGAUAUAGAUAUAAAGAAAGAAAGAAAAUGGCUCCCUGCCCCCAAAGGGCUCACAACCUAUAAAAGAAACAUACGAUAGACACCAGCAACAGCCACUGGAGGGAUGCUGUGCUGGGGAUGGAGAGGGCCAGUUGCUCUUCCUUGCGGUAAAGGUAAAGUGUGCCAUCAAGUUGAUUUCGACUCCUGGCACCCACAGAGCCCUGUGGUUGUCUUUGGUAGAAUAGGGGCGGGGGGGGGGAGAUUACCAUUGCCUCCUCCCACACAGUCUAAGAUGAUGCCUUUCAGCAUCUUCUUUCACUGCUGCCCAAUAUAGGCGUUCCCCAUAGUCUGGGAAACAUACCAGCGGGGAUUCAAACUGGCAGCCUUCUGCUUGUUAGUCAAGCAUUUCCCCGCUGUGCCAUUAGGUGGCGUGGGCACAAAUUGUCCCCUUUGCUAAGCUGAGUUUCCCCUGGUUUGCAUUUGGACGGCUGACUACAUGUGAGUGCGGUCUACACCUAGCACUAGCCUUACAUCCCCUUAGGGCAGGGUUUCUCAACGUGUGGGUCCCCAGAUGUAAUUGGACUUCAACUCCCAUAAUCCCCAGCUCCAGUGGCCUUUGGCUGGGAAUUAUGGGAGUUGAAGUCCAAUUACAUCUGGGGACCCACACGUUGAGAAACCCUGCCUUAGGGAAUGGGGCCAUGGCUCAGUGGUAGAACAUCUGCCUUGCAUGCAGAAGGUCCCAAGUUCAAUCCUUGGCAUUUCCUGGACUCCUGCCCGAAACCUUGGAGAGCUGCUGCCAGUCAGUGUAGACAAUCCUGGGCCAAGAUGAACCAAGGGCCUGACUCAGUAUAAGGCAGCUUCCUCCUAUGAUCCCAUGAUGAGUCAUCUUAAGCUAACACUGAUAUUGAAUCCUAUGAGCUGCUGGCUCAGGCCCCCUUCAGGCUCACCUGCGACCAGCAGGGGACCCCUUUCCCAGAACGUGACUGCAAGCUGGAUGGGAACACUGUUGCCUUGUGGGGAAAGCUGACUGCACAAGUCUGCCUCUCGCAAUUGCACACCCUUCCUGCCAGGAGCAAAGUCACUGCCUGGGUGUGAGAUAUCCGCACAGUCAACCCCACCCAUGGAGAAACUGGCUACUGUGUGGCAGGGGGAAGCCGCAAUGAAGCAGCUCAGCGCCUGUGCUGAAAUGCUAGGGAGAGAGUCCUGUCAGUCCUUUAACUGCUGCUCCCAGAUGGGACAGAGCCAACAUCUGGAAUACUUCCAAACCUGGUCAGGGUUUAUUCACCCUGGUCAGCUCUUUACCUCUCAUCUGCAAGAGGGCAAGAAUGCAUUCAGAACUUGGACUUUCAUAUGGUACAGCCCCUCCUGCGGUUAUAUUUAAGAUUUAAGCUUUCAGGCUGUUCCACUGGUUUCUCCAUGGUUUGGUUAGGUUUUUAAAAAACCCUUCCCUGCAUGUAGGCAACUAGUGCCUCAAGGAGAAUGUUUGCCUGGACUGUCCCUAACAAGCUAGCUUUCCUGUGCAGGGAUAUCUUCUGUGCAGGACUGUUCCAACCUGGGAACCCAUCCUCCUCACCUGAAUUCUGAAGUGGUGAAGUUCUUGGAAGUCUCUUUUCCUUCCUUUGGACAUGUUUGUGCUUAUAUCCUCUAUAAUAAAAGCCUUGAGCGUGA